UAUUUUCGAUCAUUUUGGCAAAAGUAUCGGCGUUUUAGAAGUGAAAUUAGUUUGGAAUUUAAUUUCUUAAUGUUAAAGGUUUUAAGGGCAUUUUGAAAAUGAUUUAAGUACAGUUGUCAAUUUUGUGGAAACCGAACAAGCCCUGCCGCAAAGAACAUUGCCAGAAAAAUGUCGGAAGCUGAGACGGAAAGCCCCGAGUUCUCGGAUGCACCAUCACAUGACUACAUAGAACUGAAGAGCGUGGAAGAGGUGCAAGCCCUUGAGAAAAAGCAAAUUGUUUCGUAUAUUGAAAAGUUGCACGGCAUUAUACGGAAAUACGACAUCAGAUUUGCGAAAUACAAACAGAAACUCACGCACCUAUUAAAGGAGGCAAAAACACAUUGCGAUAAAUCCACACAAAUAUCAGGAUUGGAAGUCGAGGACGAACGACAGGACUUGCAGGCGGAACAUCCAUCGGCCACAGAGCUUUCGGCCACCGAUGCCUUUAGUUUUGUGGAUGAAAUGCGUCAGGCGGCUAAACAUGCGGAGAACUUGAACAAUUUUGUGUAUGAGCCCACGUCGGGCAUGUACUACGAUCCAAAGACCGGCUACUACUACAAUGCGGAAUAUGGACUGUAUUACGAUGGCAAUACGGGCUGCUACUACAGCUACGACCAAGCCAAAGACUCAUACGAGUUCCAUUCGAAGCCGCAAGUGCAGGCAAACAGCGCGGACAAUGCUGCCGAUGGUGGCUCAAAUGCGGACGACGAUGCUUUGGAAGAGGACGUUGAGUUUGACGAACUGGGCGGCGUAAUAACGGACAAAUCCAAGUUAAAGCAAAUCAAAGCCGAAAAAGAAAAGGCUAAGAAGCGUGCGGCCAAAAGCAAACGCAAGGCAAAGAAAAAUAGCAAGAAGAGCAAGAAGCACAAGUCGAAAUCAUUCAAAGAGAGGCGACAUCACAAGGACAAAAAGCGUAAAAGGCAAGACGAUGGCAGCAAUGAUGAAGAAAAGAGCCAGACUGCUGGAAAACAUUCGCGUAAAUUCCGCGAUGUCGAGGAUGGUGAACUGUCGCAGUCGAGCAGCGAUAGAAGUUCCUCCAGUAGCAGUUCCGGCAGCGGCAGCUCUAGCAGUGAUGCGGAUGAAAACGAUGACAGUGUACCGUUGUUUAAAGCGGGCGGUCGCUUUCAAGAUAUUGCCAAGCAGUACCCGCCCUCGUUGCGAAUCAUUGUCCAGGAGACAAACGUACAGGAACUUACGGUGGGUAGCUUGCACCUGAUCACUUACAAAGGCGGCACAUUGGGGCGUGAAGGUGCACAUGACGUCAUCAUACCGGAUGUAAAUGUUUCAAAGUGCCAUUUGAAGUUCCACUACGACACUAAGCGGAGCGUCUAUAAGUGUAACGACAUGGGAUCACGUAAUGGUACUAUUCUGAAUGGAAGUCGUUUGACUGACUCGAAGUCGGCGAGUGGAGAGCAGGAUCUGGUCCACGGCAGUGUCUUGCAGAUAGGGCAGACUAAGCUGCUUUGUCACGUCCACGAGGGCAAUAGUACGUGCGGCCUCUGUGAGCCGGGCCUCUUGAUUGAAACGCGCGAGGUGCGUGAAAGCGCAACGAGCAAUGUGAAAGUAUUGUCACACAAGGAGCAGUUGAAGAAGUUGCAGAAAAAGUACGGACUGGAAAAUGAGAAAUUUGUGGAAUCGAAGGGCACCGCACCUCAUAACUACAACGAUCGUGCGGCCACACGACGUACAAAGGUGGGAAGCAGCACCGACAAGGAAAAAACUGAGGUGGCCUGUGUAAACACUGAAAUAGGCAGUUCAAAUAAAGGAUUCAAAAUGCUUAGCAAACUGGGCUGGCAGAAGGGCGAGACUUUGGGCAAAACAAAUGCGAGUGCUGGUCUCCUGACACCAAUCAAUGUGGUGGCAAAUGAGGGCACUACUGGCCUGGGAAGUGAACAAGUGAGCGCGACAAGCUCUCGCCCGAUUGACAAACGCAAGUUGGCCAAUUUGAAGAUAACACAAGCACGCUACCAACGAGCGAAUGAUAUUUUUGAUGUGUCGGAUGAAAGUGAUUAAGAACUGAGUUUUUCAUUUGAAACACAUUUAAUAAACAAUCAUGUAUUCUAUAGUUCUUUAUGUAUAUUAAUUCGAAAAUCUUUCUAUAUAAGGUUAAGCUAUCAGUCAAUUAAUUCAUUUAGCUUCGAACAUAAACAGGAAAUAUGCGUGUAUAUUAUAAGUAGU